AUGUAUCGAAUAAAUGGAGCAAAAUCUCCAAGAUUGACUGAAUCAAAAUCAUCAGAUGUAGAUUUUAUACCAACUGUGACAGCGCCAGAAAAGUACUCACAACAACAACAGAAACAACGACCACAACGUCAACGACAACAACAGAAACAACGACCACAACGUCAACGACCACAACGUCAACGGCAACAACAGAAACAACGACCACAACGUCAACGACAACAACAGAAACAACGACCACAACGUCAACAACAACAACAGAAACAACGACCACAACGUCAACGACAACAACAGAAACAACGACCACAACGAUAA